GUCUGUUUGACAUCUAUUAAACACUAAAAUUGUUUGCUGUGUAGUUAGGAAGUAAACUUAAGUUAUACUGUAGUCAGGACACUGUAUAAAUGGUUUAAACCUUUAAUUAGACGUUACUGGUGUUAUGAGCGGUCAAUCACUGUGUACAAUUCGCUAUCAUUAGCAACCAGUCCUCAUUUAUAACGUCAUAUUACCAUACGGUGUCAAUGCUGUUAUUAAAAUAGCAUGUAUUUCAGCAGCAGCUCAGUGUUUGUUGUUUUCUCCAGGAAGUGAACACGAAGGGAUUUUUUUGGCCCAUUGAAUGCUUGCGGAAGACCUCGCUGAAGCCGCUGCACCACAACAUUAGAGGCGCAUUUGACUGUCGAUUCUGACGCGACAGGAGUGUUUUAGCGACCGAGUGACUGAAGUAAACCGCGAAACCGCACCCUCCACACGUCAAAGUCACAGGCAAGAGAGAAGAAACUAAUAACGUUACCUUUAUGUUUUUAAAAGCAAAUCGCCUAUGGCAAAUCGGGAAAAGAACAAAAAGAUACUUCUAGAAUUGGUGAAGCUACCAGAGAAUAACUGCUGUGCUGACUGUGGAGCUGCAGAUCCAGAUUGGGCUUCAUGUAAGUUAGGAAUAUUUGUGUGUCUAACCUGCUCCGGAACUCAUCGCAAUCUUCCCACUAUAAGUCGUAUCAAGUCCAUUCGCUUAGACUUCUGGGAUGAUGAACUUGUGCAGUUUAUGAAAGCCAAUGGAAACUGCUCUGCCAAAAACUUCUAUGAGAAAUGCGUGCCUGUCUUUUAUUACAGGCCACAUCCACAUGAUUGCGAGGUCCUCAGAGAACAAUGGAUUCGAGCUAAAUAUGAAAGAAUGGAGUUUACAGAGGAAAAGACUGAAAGACCUUACACAGCAGAUGUUUAUGAGGGCAUGCUGUGGAAGAAAGGAAGAGAUAAUGGACAGUUCCUGGAGAGGAAGUUUGUUCUUUCAGUGCACGAUUUUACCCUGAAAUACUACAAGGAGGAUGAAUCGAAAGGGCCAAAGGCUACUAUUUAUGUAAAGAACCUGAAUGCAACCUUCCAGCCUGAGAAAAUUGGUCAUGCUCACGGCCUCCAGAUCACCUACUGUGUGGAAGAUCACACCCGAAACCUGUUUGUUUACCAUAAAAAUGGACAGGAGAUUGUCAACUGGUUUAAUGCAAUUAGAGCAGUUCGCCAUGCCUACUUGAAAACAGCCUUUCCAACUGCUAGUGAUGUAGAUAUAAUUCCAUGGAUCAGCAGAAAUUACCUCAAAGAAGGUUAUAUGGAGAAGACUGGUCCACUGCAGCGAGAGCCAUUCAAGAAAAGAUGGUUCAUCUUGGAUUCAAUGGACAGAAAACUACUCUAUUUUAAAACACAGCUGGAUGCCAUUGAGCUUGGGGUUGUUUUCAUUGGCUCAGAGAAUCAUGGCUAUUCAGUGAGGGAGUGUGUUCCUAAAGGCACAAGAGGCAACAAAUGGAAGUGCGGGGUAAUUGUGGAGACGCCGGACCGGCAGUUUGUCUUCAUGUGUGAACAGGAGCGUGAUCAAAGAGAGUGGGUGGAGGCCUUGAAAACCGUUAUCUCGAAACCCAUGAUGCCACAAGAUUACACCAGUAAGACUCCGAAGCCAAUAUCCGUAGACGAAAGUGAAUAUAAGACUGCAUGGGACAGUACGCUCAGAGGACACUGCUGGACUGUAUAUAGGGUCAAGCGUUUGAGUACCAGAGAUAUUUUAUUCAAAGGGAAGUUUGGAGGAAUGUGACUGCUUUUCUCUUUUUUGGUGCAUUUUGGGAUGUGAAACCAAAAUUGAAGUAGGUCAAGUGAGGACAGAUCCACUGGUUGAGUUUUCCGAAGGUAUGAAGGAAGAUCUACAAGGAGAGAUCCAGACACAAGCUUUGACUGAGGAGUCUUGUCUCUGUCUGGCGAGAGAGAACUGAACUAGACUCAUGUGACGUGUGAGUCCUCAUGCAGGAGCUAAGACACACAAUACAAGCUUAAAUAAGGAAUUACGUAUGUAUAGAAAUAGAACUGCAUGGGACUGAGUGUGACGAAGAGGGUACUUGUAGAACACCUGGGUUUUAUUUAACUGACAUUUCGGCUGUUUUUUUUACCCUGAUUUAUAACCACAUGAGUGACUGAAACUGAUUUUUAUAGGAUGCUCAAACUUAAAAAAAAUUUUUUUAUAUUAAAAUUGCAUAUUGCAUAAAUGUUUCCUAUUUCAAUGACGUAAAAUAAGUAUUGGUCACAACUUUUCUCAGAAAACAUUUGGCAAGGUGAAGUUUUCCCCACAUGUCAGUAACCUCAAAUGUAAUCCAUACAUGCAAAGAAAACUAGGAGAAUAAUUUUUUGUUUGUUAUGUGGAAUACAAUGAAAUUGCACAGGAAUAAAAUAUUAAACACACGAAGAAAGGGAGGUGUAAUAAGUCAUGGAAAGGCCAGGCAGCAGCUGAAAUCUUUCAGUAGUUAACAAUCAGCCCUGCCCCUCAUCAGUGUAUAUCAAUAUUAGCUGCUUCAGUCCAACAUCUAUAUUACCCUUAUGAUGAAGAGGAAACCAGCGUUGAUAUUUCAGCACGACAAUGAUUCUAAAACACAGCCAAUGAAACUCUACAGCUUUCAGAAAAAGAAAAUAAAGCAGCUAGAAUGGCCCAGCCAAUCACAGACUGGAAUCUGAUAUUACUUUAUUAAAAAUUAAUUUGUAUCAGUUCAUAGACAAGACUCAUAGAACAGUCAAGAUGUUUAGACUGCUGAUGUAUGGGGAAAAAACAACAUCUGAGCAAUGUAUGCAAUUCAUCUUGUAGCUUUCAUUACCAAAAAAGCAUUUUAUACAAAUUAUUAAAUACAUUUCAGCAAUUUGGUGCUUUCCUGUUAUUAUUUUAUAGUCAUUACACAUAGCAGAAUUUAUUAUAUGUAUAUAUUUAAAAUAAUAAAUAAAACCGUAAAAGACAUGUUUGCUCCAGACAUAUUUUAUUGUAAUUAAUGAUCUGCGAGCAGUUGAAAUCCAUAGACAAAUGACUAAAAAAUGCAGCUAUUCAAGAUAAUUCAAGACAAAAGAAUAAGAUACUUGCUUUUUAAACACAAUUAUCUUUCUUUAAAAUGAUCAGUCGCCAUGAGAAAAAAACCCAAACGUAUGAAAAAGCAUCAUACACGUCAAUAAACUAAUAAUAAAUUUGUUUUAAAAGUAUUGAUUUGAUGAACCUGCUAUUAAAAUAGGCAUUGGUGUCAUUAAAAAUUACUUCUGAAUGUUUAAAUAAUUAUUUGUGAUUUGCAUAUUUAUAACAACAAUUUUUUCAUAUAAUUCAUGACAUUGUGGUCAAAGUCCCUUUGCUGAAAGCUAUUAAUAGUCGUUCCACUACUAUAUAAAUCAGAGUCAGAUUCA